UUACACCAAAAGAUUUAAGUCAUCUGAAUCAACAGUCCGGUCCGGCCACACAAGGGAACUUCCGGUUUAAAGGCUAUCCCGAUGGUAGUUUUGAAUCGUCUCGGAUCCCCAUUUUGGGAGGUCUACCAUCACACAGCUUAAACACAUCACAGAACUAUGGACGACCACAACACUUUGUCAAAGAUCCAAUCACUGCUUAUGACUUCACUAGACGUAACUAUGUUGCUGGAAGUGCACCUAGUCGAUUAGGUUUCCAUGGUUACGAGGAACGCAAAGCUGUAGCAACCAGCCCACGUGACAUCCGUUCCAGUCAACCUGUCAGUGGUACGGACCAAGGUGUUUUAUAUAGCUCUGAUGCUGUUCCAAUAAAUAAACAGACCCCCACACCAAAAAAGACAUUGUUUAUGUCUAAUACAUUGUCAGCAGAAGCCAGGAAGAAGGUAGCACAGAAAAAAGAAGCAGAUGAUGACAUAGCCAGAUUUAAAGAGCUGAAAAGACAUCAACAGAUUGAACAGUCAGAAGAGAAGAGAAAGGAUCUUGAAAUGCUGAAAAACUAUCAACCAUUUGGCCGUCCCGGCGGUGGUGCUCCACACAACAUUCAUAAGAGAACAAAGGUCAUCGAAACAAUGAAAGUGGACGACAAGACUGCUGAGGAGUCACCCGUUGAACCGAAUAAAUUAGAAUUUGGCAAACCAGGUGCUGGUGCUCCAUUACGGACAGACUCUGGUAAGCUUAAGACAAAUAUCAGAUCUGAUAAAGAGAUUCAUUUUCAAGUUGGCAAGGCCGGAUUUAGCACGAUUAACAACCAUAAACGAUAUACUACUGAAGUCCAACUAGCUAGGAAAUACCACAAUGAGUUAGAGAAUCUAUCACUUGAACACAGAACGCAGCGAGAAAUUGAGAAAUAUAAUGACAAGUUAUCAGAACGGGAAAUGUUGGGAUACAAUCCUUUUGGUAAGCCAGGAGCUGGAGCACCCAUUAAAACAGAAUCUGGUCGAGUCAAAGCUGGUCGUGCACUUACUCUUACCAAUAACCACUUGGAACAGAGGAAUAUUUCUUUCAAACACCCAUCACUCAUAUCUGAUUCAAAAAAUCCAUCUCAGGGUGACAUAGAGAAGCCAAUAUUAUGGGACAUCACUCCCAUUAAUGGUAACAAUGGCUAUAAUGACAGGAGCUCGGAGGAAAGGAGCCCCGAUAUGGAAGCUGAUCAUUCUCAGGCAACAUGUGAAGUGUACUUUGACAAUACUCCUGUUCCUGUGAAAAAUAUUCUUGGUGAAGUAGGUGGUGGAUUUAAGAUAGCCAUGAAUAUAUUGAACAGUGGUAGAUUCAGUAUGGGCAGUUCCGGUGCUGGUAUGCUGAAAACACUUAUUGCUAUGACUGCUGAACAUGCCUGUACAAGAAAGCAAUUUAAUCAUAAACUGAGUGAGUUUGGAUUGAUACAAGAGAAGUUUGCAGAUAUGUCAUUAAAAGUGUAUGCUAUGGAGAGUAUGGCUUAUUUAACUGCUGGCAUGAUGGAUAGGAUGGGUGAUCAGAAUGGCCCUCCAGAUUGCUCUUUGGAAGCUGCCAUGGUCAAGGUUUUCAGUUCUGAGGGCUGUUGGCAAUGUGUGAAUGAAGCUCUACAGAUACUUGGUGGAAUGGGUUAUAUGAAGGCCUACCCGUAUGAACGAUAUCUCAGAGAUUGUCGUAUUUUACUCAUAUUUGAAGGCACAAAUGAGAUUCUAAGGCUAUACAUAGCACUGACAGGAAUGCAAUUUGCAGGAAGCUUCCUCAAAGAUCUAAUAUC